AGGGCGAAGAUGCCGAACAUCAAGAUCUUCAGCGGCAGCUCCCACCAGGACUUGUCCCAGAAGAUCACCGACCGUCUGGACCUGGGACUGGGCAAGGUGGUGACUAAGAAAUUCAGUAACCAGGAGACGUGUGUGGAAAUUGGCGAAAGCGUCCGAGGAGAGGAUGUUUACAUUGUGCAGAGCGGUUGUGGCGAAAUCAACGACAAUCUGAUGGAGCUUCUCAUUAUGAUUCAUGCCUGCAAGAUCGCCUCAGCGAGCCGAGUCACUGCUGUUAUCCCUUGUUUCCCUUAUGCCCGGCAGGACAAAAAGGACAAAAGCCGAGCCCCAAUCUCAGCCAAGCUUGUGGCAAAUAUGCUGUCUGUAGCAGGAGCAGAUCAUAUAAUCACCAUGGACCUUCAUGCCUCUCAGAUUCAAGGGUUUUUUGAUAUCCCAGUGGAUAACUUAUACGCUGAACCGGCUGUCCUGAAGUGGAUAAGGAAGAACAUUGCCGACUGGAAGACCUGCUGUAUCGUGUCCCCGGAUGCUGGCGGAGCUAAAAGAGUGACUUCAAUUGCUGACCGACUGAAUGUUGACUUUGCUCUGAUUCACAAAGAGCGGAAGAAGGCCAAUGAAGUGGACCGAAUGGUGUUAGUGGGAGAUGUCAAGGACCGAGUAGCCAUUCUAGUGGAUGACAUGGCUGACACUUGUGGUACUAUCUGUCAUGCAGCAGAUAAACUCCAGUCAGCUGGAGCCACCAAAGUCUACGCCAUCCUUACUCAUGGAAUUUUUUCUGGUUCAGCCAUUUCUCGAAUUAACCACGCCUGCUUUGAGGCGGUUGUCGUCACAAACACAAUACCUCAGGAAGACAAGAUGAAGCACUGCCCCAAGAUACAGGUGAUUGAUAUCUCUAUGAUCCUGGCCGAGGCCAUCCGGAGGACUCACAAUGGCGAGUCGGUCUCCUACCUGUUCAGUCAUGUUCCUUUAUAAUUGAUGCUGCUUCUCACUUUGGAGGCUUUUCUUUGCUAAGCC